AUGACUGUCAAAUCGUUGGGAAUCAGAGUCUCUAUCGACAGAGGCGGCACCUUUACUGAUGUGCACGCCGCAAUCCCUGGACGGGAUGACAUUAUUCUGAAGCUCCUAUCUGUCGACCCAGCAAAUUAUCAAGAUGCCCCUACAGAGGGUAUCCGCAGAAUCUUGGAGUUGGUCACUGACCAAAAACUACCUCGAGGAGAGCCUCUCGACCUCUUCCACUUUGAGUCUAUCCGUAUGGGUACCACAGUUGCUACCAACGCCUUGUUAGAACGCAAGGGUGAGAAGGUAGCUCUCAUCACUACCAAGGGAUUCCGAGAUCUUUUGGCCAUUGGCAAUCAGUCUCGACCCAACAUCUUUGAUCUUUCUGUGUCACGGCCAGAAGUCUUGUUCGACAAUGUGGUCGAGGUGGAAGAGCGCGUCACCAUGGAGGACUAUACCGAAGAUCCCCAGUCAGUCAAAACGAGUGCAAACGGCGAUGACACUGAUCUGGUCACUGCCAUCACGGGAGAAACCAUUCGCGUUCUCCAACGGCCAGAUGUGGUUGCCAUCCAUUCAAAUUUGCGGCAAUUGUGGGACAAGGGCUUCCGCUCCGUGGCCGUUGUCUUCAUCCACUCCUAUGCAUUCCCUGAUCAUGAACUGCUCGUCGGCAAACUGGCCCUCGAGAUGGGCUUCUCUGUCACAUUAUCUUCGGAAGUGCAGCCCAUGAUUAAUGUCGUACCACGAGGCAUGUCUGCAGUCGCAGAUGCCUAUCUCACGCCCAUUAUCAAACAAUACAUCAACUCUAUCUCCGCAAACUUUCGCGGCGGUUUUGAAUCUGCCGCCACUCGUGUCGAGUUUAUGCAGUCAGAUGGCGGUCUUGCUGAUUAUCGCAAGUUUAGUGGUCUCAAGGCCAUCCUGUCCGGACCUGCUGGCGGUGUUGUCGGGUAUGCCCAAACUUCUUGGGAUGAAGAGGAGAAGUGCCCCAUUAUCGGGUUCGACAUGGGCGGUACGUCGACAGACGUCUCUCGUUAUGCCGGUGUCUACGAUCAUGUCUUCGAGACAACUACAGCCGGCAUUGCCAUUCAAUCCCCUCAGUUGGACAUUCACACCGUCGCCGCAGGCGGUGGCUCCAUCCUGACGUGGAAGAAUGGUUUGUUCAACGUCGGGCCUGAGUCUGCCUCUGCGCACCCUGGACCAGCUUGCUACAGAAAGGGAGGCCCCUUGACUAUUACAGAUGCAAACCUGUUCCUCGGCCGGCUUUUGCCAGAGUACUUCCCCAAGGUGUUUGGUCCCAAGGAAAAUGAGCCGCUCAACCGAGAAAUCGUUGAGAUAAAGUUUGCCGACCUAACGAGUGAAAUAAACAAGGAUAGAGAGCUUACUGGCCUCUCUCCCUUCUCUCCACAGGAAGUCGCUCUUGGAUUCCUCAAGGUCGCCAACGAAGGCAUGGCUGGUCCCAUCCGUGCCCUUACAGAGGCUCGAGGCUAUGAUGCUGCAGACCAUCAUCUUGCAUGCUUUGGUGGUGCCGGAGGACAACACGCCUGCUCUGUCGCAGACGUCCUCGGCAUUUCUCGCAUUAUUAUCCACAAAUAUUCUUCCAUCCUAUCUGCCUAUGGUAUUUCAUUGGCAGAUGUUGUGCACGAAAUUCAGCGACCAGCAGCAAUCACCUACGGCAAAGACACCGAGGUUACUAUCCGAGCCCAGCUGGAACUUCUCGCGGAACAAGCCAAAUUGGAGCUUGUCAAGCAGGGUUUCGCACCUGACAAUAUCAAAUUCAAUUCUUACCUGAGCAUGCGAUAUCAGGGAUCCAGCAGCUCCCUCAUGGUCCUGAAGGGAGAUGACUGGGACUUUCAGCGCGGGUUUGAGGAUUCGCACCGACGAGGCUUUGGAUUUCACUUCCCAGAGAAGGCCAUCAUCGUUGAUGACUUCCGUGUCAGGGCCAUUGGUACUACUGGUUCCAAACAAGCCAACACACCAUACAGUCAGCUCAAAUCUGCCAGCAUCGCAGAGGCUCCUCUCCCUGCAUCCAGCGGAACGAACAAGGUCUUUUUCGAAGGCUUUGGUAACCUAGACACCCCUGUCUUCGAACUGCAGUCCUUGCCAGUGGGUGCGCGCAUCACGGGUCCAGCUCUCAUUAUCGACAACACGCAAACUAUCCUCGUCACUCCAGACUCUACAGCCACCAUCUUGGACAGCUAUGUUGUUAUUGACAGAAAGCUGCAAAAGCAAGAACGAUCUACUGAUGGCGCCGAGGAGGAAUUCAGCCCCAUCCAACUCACCGUCUUUGGACACAGAUUCAUGUCCAUCGCCGAACAAAUGGGUCGCACGCUGAAAAAGACUGCUGUGUCGACUAAUAUCAAAGAACGCCUGGACUUUUCAUGUGCCAUCUUCAGCCCUGAUGGUGGCCUGGUAGCUAAUGCGCCUCAUGUGCCCGUCCACUUGGGGUCCAUGCAAUUCGCAGUCCAGUACCAACACAAGCUUUGGGAAGGCAAGCUACGCGAUGGCGAUGUCCUCGUAUCCAACCAUCCUUCUUGCGGAGGCACCCACCUGCCAGACAUUACCGUAAUUACCCCCGUUUUUGACGGCGAUGACAUCGCCUUCUACGUUGCCUCACGAGGUCACCACGCCGAUAUUGGCGGCAUACUCCCAGGCUCCAUGCCGCCUACUUCCUCCGCUCUCUGGCAAGAGGGAGCCUCUAUCGAGUCCACCAAACUAGUCAGCGCUGGGCGCUUCGAUGAAGAGGAAAUUAGGAGGCUACUGCUCAUCGAGCCUGCCAAGUAUGACGGAUGUUCGGGAACCCGCAGACUACAAGACAACCUCUCCGAUCUCAAGGCCCAAAUUGCCGCCAACGCAAAGGGUAUUACGCUCAUUAAGGCCCUCAUCUCUGAAUUUGGCCUCGCCUGUGUCCACAGAUACAUGUACGCCAUCCAACAUACCGCCGAAGACGCUGUCCGAGGGCUCCUGCGUGACACCCUCUCCAAAUUUGGUCCGGAGCCCCUCACUGCCACGGACUACAUGGACGAUGGAACCCCCAUCACCCUCACAAUUACCAUCUCACCGUCCGGCUCAGCAACCUUCGAUUUUACCGGCACCGGUCCCCAUGUUCUCGGCAACACCAACGCUCCAAAAGCCAUCACCCACUCCGCAAUCAUCUACUGUCUCCGCAGUCUGGUAAAAUCCUCUAUCCCCUUAAACCAAGGCUGUCUCGCCCCCAUAAACAUCGUUAUCCCUGAGGACUCGCUGCUCAAUCCCGGUGCCGGCCUCGCAGUAGUCGGCGGUAACGUCCUCACCUCUCAGCGCGUAACGGACGUUGUCCUUCGCGCUUUCCACGCAUGCGCCGCCUCUCAGGGAUGCUGCAACAACCUGACGUUUGGUACUGGUGGCAAAGAUCCUAUAACCGGCGAACACAAGGAAGGUUUCGGAUAUUACGAGACUAUCGCCGGUGGCUCGGGAGCCGGUGCGGACUGGGUGGGACAGAGCGGCGUCCACACACACAUGACUAACACGCGUAUUACGGAUCCCGAGGUGUUUGAGAAGCGGUACCCUUGUAUUUUGCGCCGCUUCCAACUGAGAGCUGGUUCUGGUGGUCGUGGAAGAAACAGAGGCGGCGACGGUACAGUUCGCGAGAUUGAGUUUCGUGUGCCAGUGCAGUGCUCGAUUCUGAGUGAGCGCAGAUCACGCCGUCCAUAUGGCAUGGAUGGUGGUGAGGAUGGCCAAGCAGGUUUGAAUUCUGUCCACGUCAUGGAUCAGAUGACGGGCAAGAUGAGGAUAGUGAACCUGGGGGCAAAGGCUACGACCAAGCUCGGUCCAGGGGAGAGUGUCAUUAUCGAGUCACCAGGUGGCGGUGGAUGGGGAAGCGAGCUGAACAAUUAG